UACUAAAGGAUUUCUUUUAUCAAGGGAACGCUUUUGUUACUCUCACUUUAUUUCCAAUAUUUUUUUAAAAAUGGUAUCCUAACGCCACUUGCCAUCCUGGCAAUGAGAAAAACAUAAUCUCAAAGGAUACAACUGUGAAAAUUUGGCCAAUAGUUGCACAUUACUGUUUGCAAAGUUGGAGCCGCGACCAUUACGUUGGUGGGUGUCCGAGCUCCAUCAAACCUGUCAACAAUUUCAAGCAGGAUUUAUCAUUUCCUUAAAAAAUGAGUGAUACUAACAAUCAGGGAUCUCAAUCCCAGCAUAUUCACUAUCACGAUCCAAAUGCGAAAUUUGAUCCUCCAGAACGUUUGAUUAAAAAUGCUCAUAUCAAGAGCUUUACUCAAUAUCAACAAAUGUAUGAACAAUCAAUCAACGACCCAGAACUUUUCUGGAGUCAAAUUGCAGAGCAGUUUCAUUGGGAAUCUCAGUCAUCAGGUCAAUUUUUGGACUAUAAUUUCGAUGUGAGAAAGGGACCAAUAUUUAUCAAAUGGAUGGAAGGUGCUAGGACUAACAUUUCAUUUAACAUGCUUGAUCGAAAUGUGGAAAAAGGUCUUGGAGAUAAAGUAGCCUUUUAUUGGUAGGCACACGUUGUUUUGUUUACUUUUAAAUUACACAAAUAAUUUUUUUUUUAAAAGCAAGGAAACAACUUGGAAAUAUGAUGAAUUGUAGUCAGAAUUAUCACAUAAGAAAGGAUUAAGAAGGCCUAAAUAUUGUAAUUUAAUAAAAUAAGCCUUAAAUUAUUGCCCCUAUGCAAGCACUUUCCGCCAUCCUUCUUUUUUAUUCUGUGCUGUACCCCUUGACUAGACAUUUUUAUUUAUGAUUACCCUCCUCCAUUCCCCCCACUCGUCCCUAAAAAAAGUAUUAAAAAUAGAUCAGUUAAAUUAUCAAAUGAAACGGAUAAAGCUAAUGACAUUUAUUAGUUGCAGGCUAUAGAUUUUUGGCUUUUAUUUUCUAGUUACACAAUAUUUUCAUUUCUUUUUUUACAAAACAUAGUGAAAACGAAACUCAAAAAAAUAAAUUUUGCAUUGUAAUAUUUAGUCAUGAAAUGAAAUGAGGAAAAAAUAAAAAAAACUAUCAUCAGACUUUAAAAUAUGUUAUACAUGGUUUUCAUUAUUGUAAUUAAUUUUAUUAGAAAUAUGUUUUUGUGGAUAAAAUUUGCUAAAUAUGCAGCUAAAUAUUGAAAUAAAGCUUCUCGUAAAUGAAUAGGUGUUAAAAAAACAAAACUUGUGAUGUUUCCCGCCAUUAUCAAAAUAAUUUUUGCAUACCCCCAAAAUGGUCCACCACACACCAGAUGCCCUAAGCUAUAAUUGGUUUGAGGGAAUGGUGGAAGUAUAGGGCAUAUACUUAGAGUUAGCCUUUAAUAAUUUAUAUUUUUUAGGGCCAAAUAAGUUAAAGCUUAUAGGUUCAUUUUCAUAGACAUAUAUUUAUAUAUUGUGAUAUAUAAUAUAAUAGGGAUAUAUUGUGAAUUGCUUAUUUACUUAUAAUAAAAAUGGAUAGCAUAAACCUGGGGGUCGCAAGACCUUUUCACAGGGGUCACCUACGACCAUCAGAAAACACAUAUACUCAACAGUUCUGAAGUCGCCACGAAAAUAAAUUUGUCUUUGGGGGUCGCCACAACAUGAGGAACUGUAUUAAAGGAUCGCGUCAUCAGGAAGGUUGAGAACCACUGGCCUAAACUAAUAGUACUAAUACUAAAAUAAAUCAUAUAUGCUUGCCCUGAGGCACACCGUAUUGUUGUUUUGUUGACUAUUAUAUUUAUAUCCAAAUGGUAGUGAUUUGGUGGUUAUUCCAGGUGGUGGCAAUAUGAAAUAGCCGGAUGAAAUGGUUUUCUUUACACAGUAAGGGGCCAUCCUUGAAAGUGACACAGCACGUCUGGAGAGGGCACUAUGAAUUUGUGAAGAUGUUUGAUAAAAGUGGCUAAUUUGUGUCACAAAUUGGGGGUGGGGUUGUGCGUUAUAAUUUGGCCACCAAAACAGCAUGACAUCAUUUAUAUGUGGCCCCUAAGGCAGUUAUUCUUGCAAGUAUCAACUUUCAUAGUUUAGUGAUAUUUAAGUCAUUAAAAAGUUUAAUAGCCAUUUUAUGUUUAAAAUGCUUUGAAAGUGAGGCAAAAUGCUAUUACAUUUUUGGGUUUGAAAUAUUAACAUAAUUGUUAUAAACUGAAAUGAUGAGCUGAGUGCAAGUUUCUUUUGUGCACUAAAACAAAAAUAAGAAUGUAUAUCAUUCAUAACAUUCUUUAUCUGUACAUUGAACCAGAAAGAAUAAUAAUAGUCAAUAAAUAGGCCUAGGCCCUUUAUUGGUAAUGAAAAAUGUCUUUCCCUAUUACUCCAUUUAUUAUAUAGGCCUAUAAGUUAUAAAUUAUAAACUUGAACAAUAUCUCCUAUUAAUGUGAAUGUUACUCUGAAGGUAUAAUUUAAAAUCUAAUAUAUAUACAUCAUAAAAUGUUUUCAAUAUUUUCGUAUUUUGUUAGUUUAAAUAGAAAAAUGUUAAAUGCAUACCUUGAAAGGUAAUUUGGUUGGGUGGCAGAGUUAAUAAGACAAAAAAAAAAACAAUUUUCUGACAGUCAAACGCUAUAAUCAAUGAUGUUAAUAGCCAAAUGUGCCCAUCACUCCUCCCCAACUUGUCAAAUAAAUAGCAAAAUAGCAUGCAAAGUUGAAUGUACAGGGCUUCUUAUUAUAAAACAUAGCAGGCCAACAAAGAAUUGUAAUUGAAAUAGUUUGAUAUAUUUUGAAGAAAAAAAAUAAUUGUUUUUGAUAAGUACUAUUUAUAUGUAUUGCAGUACGGUAUCACAAACUAGACAAGAUAGAAAAGAAACAGGAAUGAAAGAAAAAGUAUUUUUGCACAAAAAAAAUCUAUUUUUGCUAUUUUAGGGAAGGAAAUGACCCAGGUGACCAUGGCAAAAUAACAUAUCAAGAACUUCUUGAAAAAGUCUGUAUGUUUUCAAAUGUUCUGAAAGGCUUAGGUAUGUCACUAAAGUGUGCAAAUAGAUCUUUUCUCAAUUAUACAGUUAUAUGAAAUACAUUAUAUAUUAUGUUAAUACAGUUAUUGCUGUUUAGUCUUAGCUAAUAUAGUUUUUUUGACGAAGAAAAAGGUGGUGUGGUUGCAGGGUUGCCAAAUCAAUGAAAUGAAAUUUUCAGACAAAUAAUUUUAAAUCUCCACAAUUUUUACAGACAAAAAAAUAUUGACAUUAUUUAAUAAAAUGAACGUUUAGAAACUAUGAUGCUAAAAGAGUAUUUAAAUAUCCAUAUAACUGUGAUUGUACCACUAUAUUUCAUAUAAAACAUUAGUUAUGUUAUGGCUUUCCCUUCAGUGUUGAAUUUCUCCUGAUUAUUUAAGCAAGCAAGAAGUCAUCUCAAACUCGGAGAUUUCCCAUAUUUUUCUUUUCAAAAGAUUUUUGUACGAAGACUCCUUUUUUUACUGUCAUCCUAAAGUUUUUGCAGACUAAUAUGAAAAACUCAUUUUAGGUCAAAUUUUUGGCAACCCUGGGUAGUAGUCGUGAUUCUAAAUUAAAAAAAUCAUUGAGGCUCUGUUUUUUGCAGUUUUAUCAGUUUUUUUAUUAAGUUUUAAAGUUAAUAUAUAUUUAUGAUUUCAAGUUUUAAAAUUUUCAAAGUAAAAAUAACUAAAUUCUUAAACAGCUCUUAUUAUUGGCUACUUCAGUGGUCAGAAAACUCCUUAGUCAAAAGAGGCAAAAAUCAGCAGCAGGAUGAUUAAAAAAAAAUUUGAGACCCAAAUUUAUUUUCAAGAACCAUGUUUUUCUGAGUCAAAAACAAUUUGUCGCCUGCUCGCAGAGCUGCACAUAGGUCGCUGAAGAGCCGCGAGCUGCAGUUUGCCGACCACUGGGUUACCCCAAUAAUAAGCUUUAAACCUCUUUAUUAGAAUUACAAUUUUGCUAAUCAAAACUAAUCAAAUGGCCAUAUUCAUUAUUGUAUCCUUUAUUUGUCACAGGUAUCAAGAAAGGUAAUAGGGUUGCAAUUUACAUGCCCAUGAUUGUUGAGUUGGUCAUUUGUAUGUUGGCUUGUGCUCGCAUAGGAGCAGUGCAUUCCAUAGUGGUAAUUCUUUUUAAAAUUCUCUAAUAAUAUACAAGCUGCACCUUAUAGCAUCUAUCCUUGUCUCCGUUUUAGCAUCUGCACUAAAGCAUUUUCUCAUUUAUACAUUGUUGAGUUAGCCCUUUGCAAACCUGUUACCAUUCUGAGCUCAGAUUUAUUGUUCUGAUGACUUAUCUUCUUCCUUUCAUGUUACACUAAAUAUUUGUUCCUUUAACAAAUUAGUAAAAUCCUCCUUAGCAGGAUUUUUAUUGUAAAAAUUGUCAGAAAUUUUAUUGCAAAGGAAUUUUGUAAUGCUUUUUAAUAACAAGGUUCUAGAUCUAGGAAAAUAGAUUUUAAUAAGUUAUUUCCAUUUAAUUUUUUAAAAAUAAUUGAGAUGUAAAAAGAUUGUUAACUUUAUUAAACUGACUGAAAAUGUCAUUUAAAAAUUAUUAAAUGUAUAGAUUUUACUAGAAGACCUUUUUUAAAAAAUCCCUCAAUGAUCUCUCAGAAAUCUGAGAAGAAAAAGACUAUGGAUCAAUGCUUUUUAUCUUGGCUUACUUACUCAGCUGACUAAAUGGGCUGACAUAGUUGAAUUAGGUCAAAGUCUGAUAUUCCCUAUGCUGAUUUUUUUUUGAUGACUCAUGAAUUUAUCAUGCUACUAUUACUACCUAUAGCAUACUUAAAUUAUUAAAUGUCACAGUGGGCAAGUCAAGGGGGGGGGGGGGUUAAGAACUUUUGACUUUCCUUGGGGAGAUUAUAAUUUAGUGGGAUCAUUUUGAACAUAAUUACCUGCUGUGAUAUGAAUAUACAUGUUAAGCAAACCUUUAUUGAAAUAGAAGCAUUUAAAAAAAAAUUUAAUUCUCAUUUCGUAGUCCUGCAUAUGCUGGCCACUUUUUUAUUUGUUAAACUCAUUAAUUCUGAUUAUAAAAUAAAUUUAAAACAUCAGUGACCUAUAUAAAAGUAAAGAGGAGACACACCUGUACAAAUAUAUCGGUCAUUGGAGAUAAACUUUGUAGGCUAAUUUAAAUUAAAGUUCUUACUUGAGUUUUAUUGUAGGUCAAACAUGGCUGUAUAGUAAUGUUAACAUUUUAAGGGGAAAUUAAUUAAAAUAUGUCAUAAAGCUACAUUAUCCAUUUUAAAAUAAUUUUGUAAUAUUCAAUUUUCCCCCCUUUAUUCUACUAUUUACUUUUGAAAAAUAAAUAUCAGAUUCUGGUUCAAGAUUAUUCAAAAUAAAAAUCUUAAAUUUUUUCCAUUUUGAUGCAUAACAGUUUGCAGGAUUUUCAGCUGAAUCCCUCAGUGAUCGUAUCCUUGAUGCAAACUGUUGUGCCAUUGCAACUGCAGGUAAAUGUUAACUAGUUGUUAAAAAAUUAAAGGUCACAAGGCUCAUCUAUCUCCAGUGCCAUAUAUUACAAAUCAACUCUCCCUGAAUCUGAACCAAUAGCCUUGUUUUGAGAAUGAAAAUGAAAAGAAUGGGGCACAUUUUUAGAACCAAAUUAAAAAAUAUGCAUUGUCAUCCUUCUUACCCAGCAACUGGAGUUCUUAGGAUUUAUUUAUAUUCCACAGUUAAAUAUUCAGAUAGUUUCUGUAGGUUAGGAUGAGAUUGGAAUAAGCAGCUGAUUAUCAAGGGUUAAGGAUAAUGUCAACAGUUUUCUAAGUUGCCCUUGAAAGGAGGUAAUUUACUCAACCUUUUCAUAAACAGAAAUUUUGGAAGUACAUGGGUGACCAUUAAACAAAGCAAAUACCGGUAGUUCCUUUCCAUUUAUGUCUAAGCUUCUUAUUUACUCAUCAGCUGAAAAUAAAUGCUUCUGAAAGAUAUAUACUAGCAUCUUGUUGAAUUGUAUUCUCUUUCUCAUGUUUGUUUUGUAGGCAAUGUGGUUUGUGGAAUAAUUACAAAACAAAUAUAAAGUUAUUAAAAAUGUACUUAAUUAUUGCACUGAUAAAGAAGGCAAUUAGUAUAUAAGAUGUAGAUUAUUUUUUACAUGUAACUGGAACUGGCAAACUUAUGAGACCAAUGAACCAUUGUUUUAUGUACAUAGAUCAAAUAAUGUUUUUGUCCUGUAAUAAUUUCUCAGUCACAGCUUCUGUGAAUCAAUGAUAACUCAUAAAAUUAUGGAAUAAAAAUGAAAGCACCAUAAGGAGAAUUUAGAAAAAAAAUAAUGGUUAAAAAUACAUCUUUCAACAACAGAUGGUGUAUGGCGAGGAUCCAAAUUAUUGAACCUGAAGUCGAUUGUUGAUAAAGCUUUAGAGAUAUGUAAAGAAAAGUAAGUUUCUUAUACAAAUUUCAGGCAAUGCAAAUGCUGGAUCAGGCCUUUUAAAACACAUGUACCUUCUAUGUUCACAAAUAAUAGUACAUUUCUUAAGUGAUGACAUUUUUAUAACAUUUGUGGGCAUAAAAAAUUUUGUUUAGGUCACAUUUCUUUUACCAUAUAGGUUCUUAAAUAUUUUUAAAAAAAAUUAAUUUUUGAAGGGGAUGCUACAUUAAUUUAAUUUCUUAGAGUUAUAUAAAUCAGUUGAAUACUUUUCAAUUCUAAAUGUUACUCUGAUAAAAAAAGAUAUUUUUUCUGUUUUUGACUAAUCCAGAGGCAAACCGGUAGCCACUUGUAUUGUAGUUCGUCACAUGAGUGUACUGUCAGAAGAAGCAUCUUCAGAUUCUAAUAAUGUUGGAGAAGCACCAGAUGAGUCUCCAGUUGGGAAAAGACCAUGUAAAAAACUAAAGGUCAAUUUUCUUUGGUGUAAAAUUGUAGAAUAUGCAACAUGUCCCACAAUUAGCUCUUUGCUUGCUGGCAAUCUUCAUACUUGGUCUAUACCACUAAAUUGUGUUUGUUAAAUUUAGGUGUAGUCUAGUUAUUAUUAUAUAACCUUCAUUUCGGAACAAUUUUUCACCAGAUUAACUGGCAACCUGGCAGAGAUCACUGGUGGAGUGACUUAAUGAAAACAGCGGACAAAAAUUGUGACCCAGAAUGGGUGGAUGCUGAAGAUCCUUUAUUUAUGCUUUAUACCAGGUUUGACACAUUCUUGCAGUGCGUUGAAUCUUCACCCUUAAAACACAAGUUUUGUGUACAUGAUAAAACAACUUCCAUGGAUAACAUUAAAAAAUGAACUGUUGUUGUCAACUUUAAAAGUAAAGGCUUCAUAGCCCAGUCAUAAAACUAGCUCUUAUAAUGUACCUUGCAUACUGAAACAAAAAUUGAUCACCUAAAAUUAGAAAUGUAUUUUUAUUAUCUGUUUCAGUGGAUCGACAGGCAAGCCAAAAGGUGUGCUUCAUACUGUAGCUGGUUACAUGCUUUAUGCUGCAGCCACCACAAAGUAUGUUUUUGAUCUGCAGCCUGAUGACAUUUAUUGGUGCACAGCUGACAUAGGUUGGAUCACUGGACACACAUAUGUCUGCUAUGGUCCUCUAGGAAAUGGAGUCUCAGGAAUUAUUGUAAGCUUUUAAUUCUUACUUUAAAUGAUCCAUCUUCUGUGUUAAAGAAACAAUAUGAAUUUAAUUUACGCUGAAGCUCUUCUUUAAAAAGUGCUUUAAUUUCAGUUUGAAGGCACUCCCUUUUAUCCAGAUGCUGGAAGGUUUUGGGCUGUUAUUGAAAAAUACAAAGUGACCAAGUUCUACACAGCUCCAACAGCUAUCCGUUCUCUCAUGAAGUUUGAGGAUAACUUUGUUACCAAGUAAUAUUUUAUUACAAUGUUUGUUUAGUUCAAGUGUAUCAAAGAAAAGUAACAUAUUUAAAAUUAAUAUCAAUAUGAAAAAACUGUGAUGUGAUACAUUUUUUUCAGAUUUGAUCCAAUAAUUCUUUCUAUAUUCCAGGUAUAACAGGUCAUCUUUGAGAAUUCUUGGUACUGUUGGAGAGCCAAUUAACCCAGAGGCUUGGUUGUGGUACCAUCGAGUUGUAGGAAAUAGUGAAUGUGCAAUUGUUGACACCUUCUGGCAAACAGAAACAGUAAGUUUAAAUUUAAUGUUUAUACAUUAAUAGUGUAGUGGCAAUAUGUAACAAGAAGAAUACCAUGGUCCAACUCCAACUGUAAGCGAGUUAGUUAUUUGUGGCAGUCAAGUUGUCUUCCACAUGUUCCACAUGUAAUCCAAUUCUACCUUACCUUUUAUAGGCUUUAUCCUUCCUUCAUGAUUAAAUAAAGAGGUAACACUGUGUUUUGAAACACAUUAAAUUUAAUAAUGAAAUUAAAUUUUACAACUGCAUUUAAUUUCAAAUAUUUAUUUAUGAUUUGGUAAAAAAAUAACAGGGAAAGGAGGGAUACUUAUAAAUAUUAAAUCUAAUAAUAAAUAAUUUGCUUAAUUUGAAUGGGCCGUUAAAAAGCCAGGUGGGGGGUUAAUUUAUAAUAUAAAUACAUUGAUGCAUUCAUAUUAACUUGCUACUUAAUGAUUAUGUGUCAAGAACCACUUAUACAUUUUUUAUGGGAAGAUUGCAUUUUCAUUGCAAGGAAUUUUUUUUUCCUUUGAUUAAUUAAUCAUUUAUUAUAAAAUAUUAACCCCUCACAAAUACCUAUGUAUUGGGAUUAUAGAGUACAAGCUCUUAGUAUAUUGUUUAUAAAGUUUUUAGGUACAUCAAUUUCUGAGGUGUGCUUUUAGUGCCGGGGUGACGCAGUGUUGGAUACACUGCUGUAGGAGAUAUGUUUGUGUGACUGUCUGUUAGGUAGCUGUAAUUUGUGUGCUCUCAAUUUAAAGGGUGGCCAUGUGAUUACACCACUACCUGCAGCUACCAAGACGAAACCUGGAUCAGCUGUAAGUAAUGGCCUAAAGUAAUAUCCAACUUAAUUCAGUUUUCUAAAUUGUCAAAAGCAUCAAGUCAGUAUGGUAUUUUACAAGAUAUUGUUGCUGCAAAUUUAAUGUGUGUUAAUAUUAAUAAUCAGGACUGCUUGACCAUGACUAUUUUACAUUGCUAAUGCUAAUAAAUUCUUUAAGCUGCUUGUCCUUGAAAUUUUUCAAACUUGUAGAAUCUAAAGAAAUGAAUUAGAUUUAAACAUUUUUCCAUACUUGUCUGUGCACCAUUCUGGUCCGCUCUCCGUUCUGCGCAUGUCGAAAAGUGAUGCAAAAUUUUUUGUGGCUCUGCUGUGAUAUCAUCUUUUGCCGUUUUAUGUCACAUUUUUCUAAUAAUAAAUUAAUUUUGUCAUCGAUUACGUAAAUUAUUUGUUGUAUGGUGACGCUUGUACAAUUUACACAAUGAGAUGACUCCCUCCACUUUCUCUUGCUGUGUCACUUUCGGUAAGCUAUAAAUUUCUUAAGUACUUUUUUUUAUCAAAUGCACCACAUUGGAACCUAAAGAAUCUGUUUAUUAUCUAAAAUGGAUCGGUAAUAACUUUGGAAAGUCAAUUGACUAGUUUCCUUUGAAUGCUAUCCCUCAGUAUGUCCAUCACCCCUCAACACCAGACGCAAAAAAUACAUUUUGCCAUUUUUUUAUAUCGGGAACAGAAUUUCUUCUCGAUAGCAAUUGAUAAGAGAGUUUUAAUAUUCUGUAAUCUUCAGAUAUCUGAAUAAAUCCUAAAUGUACUAUUAAAAUAUAGAAAUUGAUAUGAUAAAAAAGUGAAUCUAAGCUUGGUUCCACCUACUACUCAGCCUACAGUUUAAAAAACAGUAUAGCCUGCCUAUAUUUUAUUUAUUAUAAUGUAGGCCUAAUAAUAUUAGUACAACUACACUUACAGGCCUAAUUUAGGUUAGUGUCUUCUAAUUUAAUAAGGCAUUUAAUUAUAAAAUUUAAUUAAUUGUUUAAGUUAAUGUGAUAUUCCUAUACUUGCUGUGUGUCUUUACUAUUAGUCUUAAGUCUAGGGCUGUUAUAUAGGCUAUAUAAUUAUACUGUACAUUUUUGGAAAUAUUGAUUAAUAAAAAAAAAAUUGUAAAAUUAUUGACAUAACAGUCUAUGAAUUGUUUAAAAUUAGGUAAUAUAUAAAUUGGCCUAUACAAUUUUUAUUGAAAGACAACAAAUAAAUAUUUUAGACUCAACAUCAUCAUAGUAAUUAUAUUUUUAUUAUGACAUAGAAAAACAGUUUACAUAGACCAAUAUUUAAUAUUUUUAAUAACAUUUUAAAAAAAGAAAUGUAUUUUAAUAAAUAAAAAACUUGAAUAAUGUUACAAAUAAACUAGAAUUGUGUAUUUUCAUGAUUAUGAUUAGAUGUUAUUUCUGGGCUUCUUUCAGGUAAAAGAGAAAAUUUUAAUAUUCUAUUGCUGAACUCAGUGCACACAAUUUAUGAAGGAGACCUUGUGGUAUUUAUUAACAAGACAAAGUUUAUGAAGGAGAAAUUGUAGUAUUUACCAACAAUACAAGUUUAUGAAGGAGAUUUAGUGGGAUUCAUCUACAAGAAAAAGUUUCUAAGGAGAAAUUGUAGUAUUUAUCAACAAUACAAAGUUUAUGAAGGAGAUAUAGUGGGAUUCAUCUACAAGAAAAAGUUUUUAAAGGAGAAAUUGUAGUAUUUAUCAACAAUACAAAGUUUAUGAAGGAGAUUUUGUGGGAUUCAUCGACAAGAAAAAGUUUAUGAAGGAGAAAUUAUAGUAUUUAUCAACAAUACAAAGUUUAUGAAGGAGAUAUAGUGGGAUUCAUCUACAAGAAAAAGUUUUUAAAGGAGAAAUUGUAGUAUUUAUCAACAAUACAAAGUUUAUGAAGGAGAUUUUGUGGGAUUCAUCGACAAGAAAAAGUUUAUGAAGGAGAAAUUAUAGUAUUUAUCAACAAUACAAAGUUUAUGAAGGAGAUAUUGUGGGAUUCAUCGACCAGAAAAAGUUUUUAAAGGAGAAAUUGUAGUAUUUAUCAAAAAGACAAAAUUUAUGAACAAGAUAUUCUGGGAUUCAUCAACAAGACAAAGUUUAUGAAGGAGAAAUUGUGAGAUUUGUCAAAUGCUUAAAUUUAAUCUAAAUACAAUAAACAAUUUUUUUUAAAUUUUGCUUUGGUAGAUAACCAUUUUUUUCAAUUUUUGUUUUCAGAAUUUUUUUUAACUUACCCUAAAAUAUAAUUAUCCAAAAUAAAAAGUAUUGAUGUUAUGUUCCUUGUGUUGCAUAUUGGAUUGAGAAUGUCUCCUGAAAAUUUGGUACCACCAUUAUCUUUUAAAAAUAAAAAUGGUUGUGGGGAAAAAUAAUACAGAAAUGAGGAAAGUUGGUCCCAGUUUUUGUCAUUAAAUACAAAGAUAAAUAAGGGGCUUCUCAAAAUUCAAAAGAAAAUCAUCACUUCUAAAUAAGAUAGAAAAUUGAACUUGGUAUUUAUGCAAAGCUGAUAGCAAGCCCUUUAGAAUGAUGUGUCAAGUAUGGCAAUCGGAUAAGAUUUAAUAUUUCUGUCAAAUUCCCUAAUUUAUACAUUCUUUGUUAGACUUUCCCUUUCUUUGGCAUUGUGCCUGCCAUAUUGAGUGAUGAAGGAAAAGAAAUCACAGGACCAGGUGAAGGUUAUUUGGUAAGUUGGCUUCUUUGAUUGCUAAUUAUUUUGAAAAGUUUUUAAAAGUCACCAAGCUGUGUUACACCCAUAACUAGACCAAAGUACACUUGCAUCUUAGACUGGCUUGACUCACUUAAACCUCUUCUAAAUCUCUUUAAACUGCCAACUCAUCACUAUUUGAACAUUUAAGCCCUGCAUCUUUUAGAUGUUAAAGUUUGUCAUGGCUUUUGCUGUUGGAGGCAGAUUUGCGUGUUUUAUCCUGCCCAACACUGAUAAAAAAAAGCAGUGUUAAGAUGUAAAAAAAAACUGAAGCUGACUUUAACUAUCAUUAUAUUUUUUUAUACAUUUAAAUUACGUUCCAGUUUGGGCAGAAGAAACAAGGAGAAACUAGAUAGGGAUGGACUUCAAUCAAGCUUGUAUUGAAGUCUAAAUAUCAUUAGAUUAAUUCUAUAAAACGUUGUUCUGUUCCCAGGUUUUUAAGCAGCCAUGGCCAGGAAUCAUGAGGACUGUCUUUGGUAACCAUGAAAGAUUUGAGAUUACCUACUUCAAGAAAUUCCCAGGUUAUUACACCACAGGAGAUGGUAAGCAACCUUCCUUUAAAAAUUUAGAUGAUAUCUAAUUCCAAUUUCUAAAAGUGAUAUAGUUAUUACUUUGUACCUUUGUAGGAGUUACUAUUUUAAUUUUUUUUAAAUUUCAGGUGCUAAAAGGGAUGAAGAGGGUUAUCUGUGGAUAACUGGGCGCAUUGAUGAUAUGGUGAAUGUUUCUGGUCACCUUCUUAGCACAGCAGAAGUGGAGUCAGCUCUCCAGGAACAUGAUGCUGUAUCAGAGGCAGCCUCUGUAUCACACCCUCAUCACAUCAAAGGGGAAUGCAUCUACUGUUUUGUUACACUUAAAGAGGCAAGUCAUCUAGUCAUCAAAUGAAAAGAAACAAAUAAUUAAUAAAUAUGGCAUUGGUCCCUGGUGUAAUUUCAAAGCUGGUCACCCAAACUUAAUAGUUUGGGAAACAUUGAUCUAGUUCUCAUCCUGUCAUUUUAAAAUUAUUUUUCAACAUACUAUUAAAUCAUAUAGACUGGAAGAUCUUGACCAGCAUCAGGAAGUGCGGAAAGAUCCAGUAUAUCUGGUUUAUUUGCAUUUGUAUUAGCAUUUUUUAUCUUGGAGUGUGCAGAAAAUGUCUUAAUAAUCAAGAGGGCAAGGUGCAGCACUAUAAAAGGUUAAGAACUUCAGUUACAGACCAUUUUCAUUAUAAUUGAAAUAUCUGUUUUAUUCAAAAAUUAAACUACUCCAUAAAAGUUGGUGAUAAUGUAAUUGUGUUUUCUUUCCUUUUUUAGGGUGAACUUUUCAAUGAUGAACUGGUCAAAGAAUUGACCGCUGCAGGUAAGAGAAAUUAGAAAAAUUACCAGCGAACAAAUCUAGUACUAAUAAUAAAAUAUCUGUUUAUUUAUAAAAACAAAAUUCGUAGGUUCUUUGGCAUUUUGUUGUUUUUGAAAAUUCCAAAUCCUAUUGAAUACACAAUGUAAAAUGAAAAUGAAUUCUGGACUUUUUAUCCUUGUGUUUAGUCAACUUGUGAGUAAAACUCACAUUUUAAUUUUACUUCAAAAUAUCUCUUGUCUUUGUUUUAAUUGAAACAGUGCGGCAAAAAAUUGGGCCUUUUGCUCAACCGGACUUUAUUCAGAAUGCACCAGCACUUCCUAAGACAAGAUCUGGGAAGAUCAUGCGACGUAUUUUACGCAAGAUUGCUGUCAAUGAUAGAGAUAUUGGAGACACCUCAACUCUGGCUGAUGAGACAGUCAUUGAUACACUUUUCAAGCUGAGACCCAAAGACGCAUAAACAUUUUCAUGUUAUUAAAGUCUUGAGGCUAUCUUGACCACUUUAUACAACUUUUCCAUGAUAACUAGCUGGUAUUUAAAAAACUACUUAACUUACAUGGUGCCCCUGUCACUAACACUCCACAUUUAGCAAUGAAAUACAUGUAGAGAUAUUAUAAAUGUAUAUAUUAAAGUAGUCUAUAAGAUGUUUCUUAUAUUUUAAUAUUUUUUACAAUUUAAAUUUUUCAAUUUGUACAUGAUUUACAAGCUUAUAUUUAAAUCUGAUUUAAGUAAAUGAGACCUAAGCUCUCUAAGGGAUUCUUUUCUUCACAUUAAAAGUCUACAUUUUACAGUACAAUUUAAAAAAUAGCCUGUUAAUAUUUACAAAAAAGUGCAUCACUUUUUUUAAAGCUAUCAUUGAAUUGUUGAAACUAUUUGAGUCUUUUGUUGAAUGGGAACUAGGGCAGCGUUACAGUGCAGAUCAAUGAAAGUUGUCUUUGAGGUCUGUUUCACAUCUAAAAUAAAAAAAAACUUUGGAUUGGAUUAAUUAAUUAAUGUGCAAAUAACUUGGUGGAGGAAGUGGAUGAAUUAAUUGUUUAUGGCGACGUAAAAUACAUUCUGUUACACUCAGUUUAAUCAACCAGAAAUGCAAUUAUUUAUCAUAAGAAAAGUAAAACUAUUGUAAAUUGUAGUCUACUUCAGCAAAGUAGCAAUAGUUACAAAGUUAUUCUACUUUAAUCAUGAUAAUUAGACAUGAUGUACCAUUGGUGUUCUGAAGUUUUCAUUGAAAUUUCAUUUAAAUUUAAUGUUUCAUAAAGAUCUUUUUAUAUUAAAUUUGAAACAUAAACUUGGCUCAAUUAUGGAGUAUAUAAUAUUAAAGUAUUUUUUUUAUAAGUUCACUUGUGGGGAUAUUAUUAAUAUUUUUUUGUUGCUGUCAAAUGUGAUUGUGAGUUUUAUUUUUAAUGGUUUUUAUUUUACAACUAUUUUGGGAUUUAUUUAUGAAAAGAACUUACAAACAUUUAUUAUGUGAUUUUUCAUUAUAUUUUUCAAAGAAAAAUGGAGUAUUAUGUAUAGUUUAGUUAUUAGUAUUUUUCAUAUUACAUAUUGAAAAAAUAUAGAAUGAUAUUUUCUUUUACUUUGGCAUUGUAAAAUCAAAGUUUUGGCUUACAGCUAGAUUACUGUUAAGUUGAUUUGGAGUCUUCUGGUUAAGUAAUGCAAGACCCUGUACUUAAAGAUGUUCAUCUAGUAUGGAUUUUACUUACGUUGGAUGGUGUUUUUGAACCACUUGAGGUGUUAUCAGUACAGGAUCUAAGCCAUGCAAUAUUUAUGCAAACAUCUGAGGUGACAAUUUUUAUGUAUCAAAAAUGGUAAUAACUUACAGUUAACUAUGAAAUGUAUUUUUAUUUUAUUAAGAGUUAAAUCAAAGUUAAACCCAGAAAUGGGACCUGACAUUCCUUUUCUAUUGAUGCAGGGUCUUCAACAAUAUUCUAAAAUAUUUUAAUUUUACAUUCACUGAGGAAAAAAACUCUACCUCCGUAACAGAUUAAUGUGGCUGUUCUUAGUAAUGGACUUACUAAAGCAAUAAAAGAAUUUUAAGUUUUGUUACUAUUUCAUCACAUCCCCCACCACAAACAUGUGCAUGCUUUUGCUGUUGGGGAUAUUAAAUAUGUUACUUGAAAUUUUUGCUUUUCAAGAAGUCUAAAAUUUCAUGUUGUCAUAAUUUUCUUGCCAUUUAUAAGAUGUUUUGAUUUGGAAUGUGUUAAAUGAAAUCAGACAAGUAAUUUGGAAGACCUUGUUUGUGCAUGGCUCAGUCGUUGGCUGGCUGUGUGGUUAAAUGUGCUUGGCCCAGUCCUUGACUGGCUGUAUGGGUAAAUGAGUGGCAUGGCAUCAGUGUAUAAUUAAACAGUUAUCUACAAUUUGGUUUUGUGUCAGUGUCAGUUUUUAUUUUUAGACUUACUUGGAGUCAAUAAACAGCAGUCAACAUAUGUGUCUCAACAGCAUUUAUAGCUUUGUGUAAAACAGGGGUCUCCAAACUUUUCAGCCCGAGGGCCGGAUUAACUAUCAAACAGCAGUUCGAGGGCCGAAUGCUCACUCAAGCAGGAUUUCUUUCAGCAUUGUGGGGGGGGGAUUUCUCAAAUAAUCACUGCACUCGAGGUCCAAAUAAAAAAGAAUCAAAACAUGGAUGUGUUUUUAAUUAUUUAUAUAUCAUCUCAUUCAGUUAAUGGCCUCCAGCUGCAGUUCCUCUGGGCAACUGGCCACAUCUGUUUCAAUUGGGUUUUGAAAAAGUCUCACUUCUUCUGCCUUUAAAUCCAAGUCAGAAAACCGCUGCUGAAAAUGCAGCUGGGGGUCUUUGAUGAUCUCCUAUGCAAAUGACGUGGGGAACUCCACUGUUGCUUCAGCCAUGAAGACCAUCCACUGCGACAAGUUGUUGGCCUGUACUUGUUCCAAAAACAAGACGAGUUUGGAUCUGAAGGCCUUUAAGAGGUGUAUAGAUUUUGUGUUAUGUUCCUGUCUUCAACAACACUCCUAACGAACACAAGCAGUUGAGAGUUGGAACAGCUGUCAAGCGAUUCAUCCAUUGCAAAUAAAAAUUGGUGAAACUUGCUUGCAUUUUUCGAAAUUUGAGUCACAGUGUUUUCACCCAUGUCUGCAACACGGCGGGCAAAACCCCCCACUACAUGUCAUUUCAUUGACUGUGAACGAAAGUAGAAAAACUAAGCAUCAAAUAAGAUUUUGCAAAGCAAUGAUCGGUUAGAAAACAUAACGCACUACUGCCCGCCUCUAUUUUAAUUCGAUAAAAACAUAACGUCCACGUAAGCGGCGUCUGAUCUUGUCAGGAUACACGUACUUUUAAGUAAUUUUUUAUUCUUUUUACAAAAGGUCUCCGCGGGCCGCAUGAGAGGGCCGUAGUUUGGAGACCCCUGGUGUAAAAGAAAGAUAUUUGUGGG